ACUUCUUGCAGCGGGCGGCCGAGCUGCUGAGCGUCUCCGCUGAGGAGCUUCACGUGUGUUUGAGAGUUCGGACGCUGAAGGCGGGGAAGCAGAGCGUGCAGAAGCCGUGUUCGCAGGCGGAGUGCAGCCUGAGGAGAGACUGCCUCGCCAAGGUCAUCUACGCCCAAUUGUUUGAGUGGCUCGUUACGUUCAUCAACAACAGCAUCUGUGCAGAGAAAUCCGUGUGGAGCAACUUCAUCGGAGUUUUGGACGUUUACGGCUUCGAGUGUUUCCAGGUGAAUAACCUGGAGCAGCUGUGCAUCAACUACGCCAACGAGAAGCUGCAGCAGCACUUCGUGGCUCAUUAUCUGCGAGCGCAGCAGGUGAGCGCGUCCUCGCAGAGACUCCGGAGGGACGAGCGUCUCCUUCGGUCUCUGUGA